UACCAUGCUUGAGGCUUCGAUCUUCAUUUCUUUUGCAUAUCAGCUUGUUUUGAUUCGUGGAGCAGAAUGUUACCGGUGCAGCCUGUCUACAUGUCCUCUGAAAAGGAUGACGGCUAAAGUUUCCGCAUGUUGGGGAGGGCAUCACACAACUCCCGGGUGCUACUACAGCAGGUUAUACGCCGGGAGAAUGGACUAUACAAACCCGCGAACGGGGUGUUUGCAGUAUCGGGCUCUUCUGGGAUUGCUGUCAUUCCACCCACGACGCCAUGUUGCUUUUACUCCUACUUGCCUCGCAUGCUUCUGCGGCAUGCACCCGCGCCUCCCUCCAAGACGCCACGGCGAGCUACCUCGCAGCGCUGAGUGCCGGGAAAGGGCCAGCGGGCAUCUCGGGCCUGGCAGAGGGCAAUGUCACGUACCAGGAGAACGAUGAGGCCAUCGACAUCUCCAAGGGCGUGCUGUCGCUGGGCAUCAAGAUCGACUUCAACCGCAGUCUCUACGACACGACCGAGUGUGCGUCGUACACCGAAAUCGUGGCCACCACGGCUCACCCGUACGUCAUCGGGACGCGGCUCGCCUUCAACGCCGACGACAAGAUCGACAGGAUCGAGUCGGUCGUCUGUGACACGGGCGACUGGCUGUUCAACGCCACGAGCUCCCUCAGCUACAACAAGCGGGAGAACUGGGAUCCCAUCCCCGAGCCACAGCGGGACUCGCGCGCCGUCAUCAAGGCGGCCGGCGACGCCUACAUCGACGCGUGGGGCGACGCGACCGUCAACCCGCCCUUCACCAAGGACUGCGCCCGGCUCGAGGGCGGCGCGUAUAUCGGGGGUGGCAACUGCAAGCUGAACUUCCCGCCGCCCUUCAACGUCACGAACCGGCGGUACACCAUCGACGAGGAGCUCGGCGCGGUCGACAUCUUCCACAAUUUCCCCUUCCUCGACGCGUCAAUCCCGCGGGAACCGGGCACGCAAACCAACAAUCUGAUCAGGGUCGAGCGUGGUCAGAUCAAGUACAUCCAUGAGAAUACAGUCUGUGUUGCGAAUAACUGUGGGAGAUGAGAGCAGGAUCUGAUGUAAAUGCGAUGAAAAUUCUCUCGCUGGAAAGAUUAACGUCUCGGCUGCCGCUAUUAACGGCCUUGAUAAUUUGCAAUGAAUUAUCGAGAUCAUUACCAUAUACGCAUAGAGAGACAUCAUUUUAGGAGGAGCAAACUACCGGCUAUUAGCACGACUGCUAUUGCUAACUUAGCAAGGCGACUUCUCGCUCGCCCGAUGUUUUGCCGG